AUGACUUCGUCGGUUGUUGAGCCGGUGAUAGUGCCAAAGGACCAGGAUAUCGAACUGGACGAGAACGUUCUCAAAGUAAUUCCGAAUGCCGCACUCGCCGCCGAAAUCCGUGCGACCCUCCACGGAGCAAGCUCGUGGGACGAAAACAGCUUGCAUACGCGUGAGGUUUCGGAACGGGAACGAAACCAAGUACUUCCUCAAGACAGCCACGGGGGAGAGAGGUCGCGGGAUAGUGCAAGGGGAAUUCGAGUCGAUCAAGUCAUCCACACCACGAUUCCGGGGUUCGCACCGGAACCAAUUGCUUGGGGCUCCUUCAGGGGGGCUGAAGACCAUCACUUCUUCUUGAGCUCCUUCCACGAGAUGAAAGACGAGGUUUCAGAGAUAGAGGCUUUCGUCCGCUGCCUUGCAAGCCUACACAUGAACGCGCUCUCUCCUAACGGGAAGUACGGGUUUCAUGUCACCACAUACAACGGGAAUAUACCGCAGGAUGUCCGCUGGACCGAUACUUGGGAGGAGUGUUUCCUGAACGGAACGAAGCAAGACUUCGAGCUUGAGCGAGAAGCUAGAGGCCCAAGCGACGAGUUGGAUCAGCUGAGAACGCCGCUGCUCGAGAAGGUUAUUCCCCGCUUGCUACGCCCGCUCGAGUCUGGCGGCCGGCACGUGAAGCCAUCGUUCCUCCACGGUGACUUAUGGUACGGGAACAGGGCCAGCCGAUGGUCUUCGAUUCUGCCGGAUUCUACGUGCACAACGAGUGUACAGAUCAGGAAUAAGACGACAGUCGACAUCAAGGCAAUGAGGAAAGCUCGUUAUAGAUUCGGCCGCGAUUACAUGAAAGCAUACCAAGCGCACUUCCCCAUAUCCAAGCCCAUCGACGACCUGGAAGCUCGGUUGGCCCUCUAUUCCCUCAGGAGCUAUCUCCACGAGAGUACACUAUAUGUGGACGAUCCGAGGCCUCGGGAAGCCCUUAUCCGGGAAACCAAAAAACUCGUCCAGGCAUUCCCCGAUGGCCUGAAUGGUUACGACCUCGAGCUGGGCCAAUCGAUACAUGUGCAGUAG